AUGCUCAAUCACCUGAAAACAAUCUAUGAUGAUCCAAACUGUGUCACCACUGCAAAGCACCAAUUCCGACAGUUAUACAUGAAGAACAGUGACAAGUUUCAUGACUUUUUCUCUGAAUUCCUUUACCUUGCAGCUGAAGCGGGCGUCGCUGAGGAUGAUUGGAAGGAUGAGCUCUACACCAAAUUGAUGACCAAGCUCCAAGAGCUGUGCAUCUCCAGCAGCAUUGGUGAUGGAACAUUUCAGGAAUUCUCCAGCGCUGUCUCCCAGACUGCAAGCCGACUUGAAGUUAUCAACUACCGGACUCAGAAGAAUCGAACGUUCACCCCCAACAAGGAGAUGAGCAAGGGAAUUAGUGGAACUGGGACCACUUUCAAGAAAGAACUGACCCCAUCCUGGAGCACCACCCCACAUACGAGCAAUGCUGAACGUGACCGAUUGAUGAAGGAAGGCUGA